AUGGCUAAAAUCAUUGGCUUUGAAACCCACGAUGUGCGAUUUCCUACGUCGUUGUCCGGAGAUGGUACCGAUGCCAUGAACACUGACUGCGACUACUCGUCUGCGUAUGUUACCCUUCUCACAGACUCAGAUCUGGUUGGUCAUGGCAUGACAUUCACCAUUGGUCGUGGAAACGAUAUUGUAUGCGCAGCCAUCAAAGAAGUAGCGAGUAGAUUGGUCGGAAAGGAGACGGAGAGCCUGUUCGCUGAUAUGGGGGAAACUUGGAAUUUCAUGAUGUCAGAUCCUCAGUUGAGAUGGAUUGGCCCGGAGAAAGGCGUUAUUCACAUCGCAUCCGGUGCUGUGAAUAAUGCUGUCUGGGAUAUGUAUGCCCGAUCCCGAAAGAAGCCUCUGUGGAAGCUUGUUGUAGAUUUCACUCCAGAAGAACUGGUGAAAUCAGCGGCAUGGCGUUACAUAUCUGAUGCAAUCACGAAAGAAGAGGCACUUGCUAUGGUCAAGGAGAAGGCUUCCACAAAGCAGGAUCGAGAGGCCAAAGUCCAAGAGCUUGGGUACCCUGCAUACGUUACAUCCGCUGGGUGGCUGGGAUAUAGCGACGAAAAAGUGGCUCGAUUAACCAAAGAGGCCGUUCAGGCAGGGUUCAAUCACUUCAAGAUGAAAGUCGGAGCCAGCCAAGUCAAUGAUCUGCGUCGAGGAAAGAUAAUACGAUCCAUCAUCGAUGACCCACAAUAUCUUCCAGUGGGUGCACCACCAAAAGACCCCAACAGUGACGACCUGAAAGGCAAAAAUGCUGGACCCACCGGCGCAGUGUUGAUGAUCGACGCGAAUCAAGUAUGGGACGUCCCACAGGCAAUUGACUACGUCAAAGGAUUAACUGAGAUCAAGCCUUGGUUCAUUGAAGAGCCUACGGCGCCAGACGACAUUCUAGGCCAUGCGGCUAUCCGGAGGGCCUUGAAACCUUACGGUAUCGGCGUUGCUACCGGUGAACAUGCCCACAAUCGCAUGGUAUUCAAGCAGCUUCUUCAAGCCGAAGCUAUAGAUGUCUGUCAAAUCGAUUCUUGUAGGCUUGCAGGCGUCAGUGAAGUUAUCAGUGUCCUUCUCAUGGCAGCGAAGUUUGGUGUACCCGUUUGCCCACACGCAGGGGGUGUUGGAUUGUGCGAAUAUGUCAUCCAUUUGAGGUAUAACGUACCGUCAAACCCUGAUGAAGGUUACAGUAUUGAGAUGCACAAAUCAAGUAUUGCUGAAUAUGAGUGGCCUAAUGGUUCUUAUUGGGUCGGGGUAAGAGAAGGGAAGGUAUUGUAG